AUGAGUGAUAUGGUGCUGGACCAUGCAAUUCAUAUAGAAGAAGAAACAAAGCUAGAGGCUCUCAAGCAUGACCUUGAGUCCACACGAGACACUGAAAAGGAAACCACCAUGGACAAAAUUCACAAGGAGAAUGUGCGACAGGGCAGAGACAAGUACAAGACACUGAGGGAGAUCCGCAAGGGCAACACCAAGCGACGAGUAGAUCAAUUUGAAAACUUUAUUCACAAUUGGAGCAAGGAAAAUGUUUAUGAAUGGUUCAACUCUGGAUCCUGCAUGAGCAUACCAUCAAGCAGGUGUAAGGCGAAAAAAAUAACAGGAUCUAGAACAAAGACCGUUCUCGACGUGGCUCGCCCUGUCCCCCAGAUACCAUAUCUUGACCUGGCCAAAAGGAACAAACAACAGCAGCAACAACAACAACAGCAACAAAAACAACAACAACAACAACAGCAACGGCAACAACAACAAAAACAACAACAACAGCAACGGCAACAACAACAACAACCUCCUCCUCUUGUCACUUGGCAAGUGUCAGGCGCCAUGGACCCCAAGCUAAUCUCUCUCACUCUCGCCACGUUAACUUGCGCCCGGGCAUACUUGUAUUUACUGAGACAAAAGAAGAGGAGGAAGAAAAGGCUUCGGGUAACGCCCCGUCUGCAAAGGAAAGAGAGAAGCGAGUCUGAAAUACACCCCGAUGAUGAUCCUACGAAAAAGAAGAGGAGACUCUGGGUCAAGCCUUGGCUACAGAGAAAGAAUAGGAGUGUCUUCGUUCAGCUAAUUCAGGAAAUGCGACUCGACGAUGACCCCGUGUUCUACGAUUUCCAUGGGAUGAAUAAGGAGAAUUUCGACAAACUGUUAUCCUUGGUGUCUCCUCUCAUUCAGAAGGAAAACACCAAAUUAAGAGACUCUAUUCCUUCAGCACAACGUCUGUCUGUAACGUUGCGAUACUUAACUACAGGAGAAGCUCGUCGCUCAUUAGCAUUACAGUACAGGAUAAGCCACUGUUCGAUAACUCGCAUUAUUCCUGAAGUCUGCAAUGCAGUACAUUUGGUUUUGAAGGGUGAUUAUCUUCAGUUACCAAAAACCUCAGAUGAAUGGCAACUAGUGGCUUGUGAUUUCAGUAGUAACUGGAACUUUCCAAUGUGCAUAGGAGCCAUAGAUGGAAAACGCUUUCUUGUACAUUCACAAAACACAGGGCCAGAAUAUUGUGAAUAUAAAGGUUAUCAUGGCAUAAUAAUGGUAGCACUAGUUGAUGCUAACUACAAGUUCUUGUAUGUAGCUGCAGAAGGACAAGGGCAAGCAAAUGCUGCUGGUUUCUGGGACCAAUGCAAGUUGAAAGAAUAUUUGGACAAAAAUAUGCUUAAUUUUCCACCAGCUGCUACAUUACCAUCUGUAAAGGAGAAGGUUCCUUAUGUGAUUCUAGGUGAUGAUGCUUUUCCCUUAGAGGAUUACUUAAUGAAACCUUACUCUGGCCAAAACUUAUCCGCGGACAAGAAAAUGUUUAACUACAGAUUAUCUUGUGCUCGCAGAGUAUCAGAAAAUGCCUUUGGAAUUCUAGCUGGCAAAUUCCGAGUAUUUCAGCGGCCUAUUCAGGCAACUCCAGCAAAUGCACACAGCACAAUAUUUGCAGCAGUGGUGCUCCAUAAUUUUUUAAGAAUACAUUCCAGAGUACCUUUGCAACAAGAAUUGCUGGAAAGGGAAAACAUUGACAGUGAUGUCUCACUUCCUCACAAAAAUGUUCCAGGAAUUGAAAAGCUUGAAGACAUCUCAGGAAAACUUUCCAGUAAUGCAGAGACAGUACGGGAUAGUUUCAAAACCUAUUUUAAUGGAGAAGGUAGAAUUUCAUGGCAGGAUGAUGUUGCUCUGUAAUAUAUAUAUGUAAUAUAUGUCUUUAUUUAAUAUUACAUGUGUAUGUAUAAUUUAGUGCUUGUAAAUAUUUAUAUUUGUCUAUAUGAAGAAAAUGUUUUUUGGUUAUGUUGUACUUUAUAUAUAUUUAAAUAUAUAU